AUGAAUCUGCCCGAUGUCCGUCAUAUGACGGACGAAAGCUUAGCACCUUUUCACCGGAAUCGAGGGAGAUUGCCUCGAAAACCGCGUCAGCAUGAAUCUUCCAGAAAGCUCGUUUUUACCGGAACCGAAGGAGAUUGCCUCGGAAACAGCGUCAGCAUGAAUCUUCCAGUAAAGCCAAUCAGACAGCUGGUCAAGAGGAAUUCGCCGUCGUCUUCUGGUGGAACCGACCUUCGAAUCUCUUCACCAAACACUGCUUUAUAUAUGCCACCCCCCUACUUUUCGGGCUUGGAAAUUUUGGAAAAAAAGGGUCGCUUCUACAUGGGGAAAUAG